AUUAUAUAGUUCAUACAAAUUUAAGCUAUCACAGAUCAACAUAAAUGAUAUGAAAUGGAUUUUAGAAGUGUUUUAAUUCCUCGCGAAAAGUUUCCGCGCUUCGACAACGCAUCUGCAAAAACUACAAAAUUACAAUCUAGAUACAUUACUUUAAUGCGCGAGGGAAAAUGUGUGCAAGAAAAGAAAUACGCUACGAUAGUGUUGUGUAAGAGAAAAAGUGAUACUAAUUUUCCUGUAAGACUAAAUUCUUUAAUGUCUGAAAUUUAUAAUUCCUCAGAUAGUUUUGAAGGACACAUAUUUGAUUCCAGCAAUAGUGACUGUUUUCUACAGGCAGGGAUGAAAAAUGAGGCCUCUGUGUAUGUGUUCAUCGCUAAUGAUAAAGAAAAAAGUGAAAUAAAGUUUCUAAGCAAAUAUAAAAUUCCCAUGAUACUUUUAGCUAUCAACCAAGAUGCUAAAACAAAAAUUGAGGAUAAAUAUUUUGGUAAAAUGAAUAUUACGGUUGUUACAAGAGAAAACUUAUUGGGAGAAAUUGAUGAUUUAUUAGAACGGAUAUCCUUGGAACCAUUGAAAGCAAUCUGUGAACAUUGUUAUGAUAUGUUCCAUAAGAACAUCUCAACCAAUACAGAGAAACAUGUUCAUGAAAAUGGGGAUGAACCAAAUAAAUUGUCAAAAAUAAUAAAAAAAAGAAACAAAACAUUCAAAGUAAUGGUAUUCAUAGUGACAAACAAUCAAUGAUUAACCCAGUGCAACGCAAGCUUGGAAUUUCUACUGUAACUAGUGGGUCAAGUACAAAUGAUAAAACUGAGAGAAUUACUAACGGUUCGACAUCAAAAUGUACAGAUGUAAUAAAAAAGGACAUAUCUUUUAAAACUUUGACAGCCAUAUAUACGAGAACAAGGUCACAUCUUAGAAUUGCUAGCAAUACUAACGGUUUCAAUGAUUGCGGCCUGGGUACAGACGUUGACGAAAAUACACGGUUCUCUCUAGGGAAGUCUAAAAAGAGGCCCAUAGACACUAAUGGGAGUAUCUUAAAAGAAGAUUAUAAAAGAAAGGAUCAUCCGAACAUAGCAGAGAAUGCAGAGCAACUUCUAGAAGCGAUUCUGGCUGUAUAUGGAAUGAGUAAUGUUGCAGAAGUAUACAGACCUAGAGUUCCAAAACUUAAUAAAAAGAUCAAUGAACAGAUGACGGAAGAAUUGUUUAAGAUUUGUCCAACAGUCAAAAGAAUAGGGUAUCGCUAUCGCACAUUUUACAUAUAUGCAGUUCAGCCAUUGACAUUAAAUGAAGAAAAGAUCCGAAAUAAUAAAAUCCGUAUGGUACUUGAGAAGUAUGAAAUAUUUCCUUUUAAAAUAGCACAAUGUGGUGAGAAAAUACAAGAGUUUAUGCAUACGGGUGCAAAAAUAGAGGCAAAAUCAUCUGAAAAAUGCAUUUCUUUGAGAUCAAAGACCGUAUCUAAAAUUUCAAAAGGCGGAACACUUGGUGGCUUCGCAAAGACAAAGGAAGGAAACCAACAAUACUGUCUCCUCGCAAAACAUGUUACCGAAGACUGCAACGACGUAUAUUAUGUUGAGAAUGGUAACGAGAUAAUUUUCGGUGUCAUGAAACCAGAGACAAACAAUCAUUAUGAAAGAGGUUUAGAUAUCUCAGCAGCUGUUAUAAAUGAGCCAGUUGGUGAAGAAAGCACGAAAUUUAAAGAUACCCGCGGACAACCAUUAAGGGGUAGAUUACAUGGAUACAAUGUUAAUGAGGAGGAUGAUAUUUGUAGAAGUGGACAGUCAGUGCAUAUUCAUGGUGCGAUGUCAAAACCUGGUGUGGGUGAAAUUACAAUGCCUAUUGUACUAAGUGGUUUGACUUCUCCAUUGAUUCAAAUUGAGGACAUUGCUAGCAGCUCUAAACACUUUGCAGAGAAGGGCGACAGUGGAGCCGUUGUAUGUGUAGAAGACCCUGGAAGGAGACAUGUUCAUGCAUUGGGUAUGGUCAUGGGAGAUGCUUUAAGUGUACCUUCCAGGCGUACAUAUUUAGCUUUGCCAUUAUCAAAAGGAAUACAGCAAAUUGAAGAGCAGACGAAGUCUCAAUUAGAACUUAUGUAGUAGCCAUGUUCGUUGUCUGUAAAGAAUGCUAAAUUUACACUCCAAAAUUUAAGGCGAUGCUAUCGUAGGUAUAAACUUCAAUAGACAGUGGGAAAUUGUAGAUUUUCAUCUGUUGAUGUUUUAUUAUUAUCAUUGUUAUUAUUAUUAUUAUCAUUAUUAUUAUUAUUGAAACUUUCAUCAAUGUUUUUAACCAAUAAUGUACUUAUUGUGUCACAGUCACAUAUUGUCACAGAUGUUGUAUAAAAUUGUAUUUGUUCCAUUGAUUUAUUACUACUGUUCCGUAUAUUUCUUCAGUUUCAUUACAAUAACUUGUUUCAGCAUAACUCAUUUCGAUUUUAAAAAUGUCUAUCAAUCAUAAGGCAUAUACAAGUAU